UUGUCAUCGAUGUAUCACUGAAUUAAAUGACCUCCAUGUCCCAUGAACCUCAUGAAACUUUUCUAUAAAAACCACAACAGUUUUCACUUUUCAAACCACACCAGUUCUCAGUUCUAAUCAUAUACAAAUACUGCAUGGCAAAAAUGAUGUUGAAGAUUCUAAUCACUCACGUUCUCGUUUUUCUUCUCGUUCUCCAGCUUGCCGCUAAAUCCAAUGAAAGGAUGACCACAAUCUUUGCUGCAAACCCUCCUCCCCAGCCAAAAAUAGACUGUGACGGAGCUUGUGUUGUGAGGUGCUCAAAAUCGUCAAGGCCUAAUAUGUGCCACAGGGCAUGCGGGACAUGUUGUUGGAGAUGCUUCUGCGUUCCACCUGGUACUUUCGGCAACUAUGAUGUAUGCCCUUGUUAUAGAGACAUGACUACCUGUGGAGGCAUACACAAAUGCCCUUAAACAUCAAUGUAUCAAGUUUCUAUUUAUCGACCAUUUGGACUGUACAUCAUAUAUCUAUAAUGUUAGAUGAACCAAAUAAAUCAUAAUUAUCUACA